UCCAUUCCACCAAGUCCUGAAAAAUCAGAAUGGAAUUAGAGAAAAGCUAUCCGACUUCCAGGACCGGUAGAACAGGACAUGGAGGAGUGAAUCAGUUAGGGGGUGUUUUUGUGAACGGCCGCCCACUCCCUGAUGUUGUCCGCCAGAGAAUUGUGGAACUUGCCCAUCAAGGUGUGAGACCGUGCGACAUCUCCCGACAACUGAGGGUCAGCCAUGGCUGUGUCAGCAAAAUUCUCGGCAGGUACUACGAGACCGGAAGUAUUAAACCUGGAGUGAUUGGGGGAUCAAAACCAAAGGUCGCCACGCCCAAAGUUGUAGAAAAGAUUGCAGAGUAUAAACGCCAAAAUCCCACCAUGUUUGCCUGGGAAAUCAGGGAUAGACUCCUAGCCGAGAGAGUAUGCGACAACGACACCGUACCCAGUGUCAGUUCGAUUAACAGGAUCAUCCGGACAAAGGUGCAACAGCCGCCUAAUCAGCAGGUCCCGGCCUCCAGUCACAGCAUAGCGUCCACUGGGUCUGUGACCCAAGUGUCCUCAGUGAGCACCGAUUCGGCAGGGUCCUCUUACUCCAUCAGCGGAAUUCUGGGAAUAACAUCCCCCAGUGCAGAAACCAACAAACGCAAAAGAGACGAAGGUAUUCAGGAAUCUCCAGUACCAAAUGGCCAUUCCCUGCCGGGAAGAGAUUUCCUUCGGAAACAGAUGCGGGGGGACCUUUUCACUCAGCAGCAACUAGAAGUAUUGGAUCGAGUCUUUGAGAGACAACAUUAUUCCGAUAUUUUCACAACCGCUGAGCCCAUCAAACCAGAACAGUGGUGCUCCAUGCUGAUGAGACAAUACUUGGUGCAACCCCAGGCAGUCAUUUUUCAGACAACAGAAUAUUCAACCAUGGCAUCACUGACCGGUGGAUUAGAUGAUAUGAAGGCCAAUUUAACAAGCCCAUCGUCAGCGGAUAUAGGGGCCAGCGUUCCUGGGCCACAGUCAUACCCCAUUGUGACAGGUCGUGAUUUGGCAAGCACAACCCUCCCAGGAUACCCUCCCCACGUCCCCCCUGCUGGACAGGGCAGCUACUCUGCUCCAACGCUGACAGGAAUGGUGCCUGGGAGUGAAUUUUCUGGGAGCCCUUAUAGUCACCCACAGUAUUCAACGUACAAUGAUUCCUGGAGAUUUCCCAAUCCUGGAUUGCUAGGCUCUCCUUACUACUACAGUGCUGCCGCCCGUGGAGCCGCCCCCCCAGCAGCUGCCACUGCCUAUGACCGCCACUGACCCGAUCAGUCGAGAACUCGAGCACUUACUGCCCAUAUCAUCUGGCACGACGGCAUUCGAAUCACUGAGACAUAACCAAGCCAAUUAGACUGGAGGAGAGGAACAAAAGAAUGUCCAAUAGGAAUCCACAAGAGAAUGUCCGAUAGGAAUCCACGAGAAAAUAAUUCAAUAGGAAUCCAUAGACUCGACUGAGAUUGUCUUCCCUACAAGGGGGUGAACUGAUAUGUGUUUUUUUUUUGUUUUUUUUUUUAAGGAAAUCAUUGAGAUUUUACUAAAGUUGACUGGGUCUCAAAAAAACCGACCGACCGACGGACCGAAAAACAGUUCUGCUGACAUUCCGUUUUGUUUGAAGGACCGGGCUGUUUGUUGUGAGCAGCCUGCCAGCCCCCGGACCUAUUGCCUCUGGUUGUUUCCAAUUGCACCCGAGGAAGAGCAAACCAGAUGGGAUCUUGAGCAGUCCAUUCCAGGGGGUCCCUUUCAAGUGCAUUGACACUGGCUGUCUAGCUUGCCCUGGGCAUCGAGGUGUUUGGUAAGGAAAGAUUGCUCUAUUCAACUUAAACAGCAUUGAUGUAAAUAA